AUGCACCUCCUCCCGCUGCUGCUGCUCCUGGCCCUCGCCGCGGUCGCGGUCGCGGCCGGCGCGGCGGGCGGCGGCACGGACACGGACGCGGACGCGGACGCGCUGCUCGCCGCGAAGGCGGCGCUCUCCGAUCCCACCGGCGCGCUCGCGUCCUGGGACGCCGCCUCCUCCGACCACUGCGCGUGGGCGGGGGUCACCUGCGCGCCCCGCGGCUCAGGCGGCGGGGGCGGGGGCGUCGUCGUCGGGCUCGACGUCUCCGGGCUCAACCUGUCCGGCGCGCUCCCGCCGGCGCUGUCGAGGCUCCGCGGCCUGCAGCGCCUCUCCGUCGCCGCCAACGGGUUCUACGGGCCCAUCCCGCCGUCGCUCGCGCGCCUGCAGCUCCUCGUCCACCUCAACCUCUCCAACAACGCCUUCAACGGCUCCUUCCCGCCCGCGCUCGCGCGGCUCCGCGCGCUCCGGGUGCUCGACCUCUACAACAACAACCUCACCAGCGCUACGCUGCCGCUCGAGGUCACGCACAUGCCCAUGCUCCGCCACCUGCACCUCGGCGGCAACUUCUUCUCUGGGGAGAUACCGCCGGAGUACGGCCGGUGGCCCAGGCUGCAGUACCUUGCGGUCUCCGGGAACGAGCUCUCCGGCAAGAUACCGCCCGAGCUGGGGAACCUCACCAGCCUCAGGGAGCUCUACAUUGGCUACUACAACAGUUACACCGGUGGUCUUCCGCCGGAGCUGGGGAACCUGACCGAGCUCGUCCGCCUCGACGUCGCCAACUGUGGGCUCUCCGGCGAAAUCCCGCCCGAGCUCGGGAGGCUGCAGAAUCUGGAUACGCUCUUCUUGCAGGUGAACGGCCUCACCGGCAGCAUACCGUCGGAGCUAGGCUACCUCAAGAGCCUCAGUUCUUUGGACCUGUCGAACAAUGCGCUCACCGGUGAGAUACCGGCGAGUUUCUCCGAGCUCAAGAACCUGACGCUGCUCAACCUGUUCCGGAACAAGCUGCGCGGCGACAUCCCCGACUUCGUCGGCGACCUGCCCAGCCUCGAGGUGCUGCAGCUGUGGGAGAACAACUUCACCGGCGGUGUGCCACGCAGCCUCGGCCGCAACGGCCGCCUCCAGCUUCUCGACCUCUCGUCGAACAAGCUCACCGGCACGCUGCCGCCGGAGCUCUGCGCGGGGGGCAAGCUGCAGACCCUCAUCGCGCUCGGCAACUUCUUGUUCGGUGCCAUCCCAGACUCACUCGGCCAGUGCAAGUCCUUGAGCCGUGUCCGUCUCGGGGAGAACUACCUGAAUGGCUCAAUUCCAAAGGGGCUAUUCGAAUUGCCGAAGCUGACUCAAGUUGAGUUGCAAGAUAACCUCCUCACUGGUAAUUUCCCGGCUGUGAUCGGUGCCGCGGCUCCUAACCUUGGCGAGAUCAGCCUGUCCAACAACCAGCUUACGGGAGCAUUGCCUGCAUCUCUUGGGAACUUCUCUGGUGUUCAGAAGCUGCUGCUUGAUCAGAACGCGUUCUCUGGUGCCAUACCUCCGGAGAUUGGGCGGCUGCAGCAGCUCUCAAGGCUGACCUUAGCAGCAACAAGUUUGAGGAGCUGUGCCACCGGAGAUUGGGAAAUGCCGGCUUCUCACUUACUUGGACAUGAGCCAAAACAACCUCUCUGGGAAGAUACCUCCGGCCAUCUCUGGAAUGCGAAUACUGAACUACCUCAACCUGUCCAGGAACCACCUUGA